UAUUCCAACCUGAAAAAGAAAAAAAAGAUUACAGACGAGUCCCAAACCGGUAAAAGUAAAACAAAUGUCUUAUAAUGGUAAUUUGACUUCGAAUCGACGAUAGAUAGUGAUAAUCUAAUCUUAAAACAUAGCAACUUGGAGGUUGAAGUGUGUCAUAAACCAACUAAUCUCAAUAACUCGAGUUGUCGGGGGAGGUCCACUUAUGAUACUUAAUCACCUGCUUAAACGCCCCUCAAACCAAUGUCAACUCAUGGUUUGAAGUUUACACAUACCUAGCUUUAUACCAUGUGCUUCAAAUCCUGUCUCCGCAACAGUUUCUUACAUUUACGGGUCGUUUGGAAGUUGCGAUUGUGAGUGGUGUAUUUAUCAACAAUAGGAAAACCAAUAGAAACCAAUAAGAAACCAAUAAGAAUAAAAUUAUUUAUUAACAAAUAUUUUUUUUUUGUUUCUUUUGACACGCAUGCCAAUCAAUAAUUUGUAAUGACCAUUUACCAUUAUUAUGACGUUUAUUCAAUAAAAAGGAGGGAAAUGGGAAUAAAUAUGAGUGUAUGAGUACAUGUUGAUUUUUUUGUUGUCCAAACCAAGACCAUUAAAGUCCUUAUUGGUUUUUGGCAACCGAAAAAACCAAUAAGGGCCUUAAUGGUUUUGGUUUUUAGUUUUUGGUUUUUCAUACUUAAUGGUUUGGUUAACCAAACCAAACCAAAUUGACAGCCCUACUUACAAUUGCAAAAAAAAUGAGGGUUUUCAAACGACUAAUUGAGUAAUUAAAAUAAUGAUUAAUAUUGGAAGUCGAGAGCACUUGACAUAUAAUUAUAAGGACAAACAAUCUCUGAUACCAUGUUAUAACCAAUUUGUCCCAAAAUUUUGAGUUGUUGAAAAAAGUCUACUUAUUGAUAUAAACCCAAUUAGUGAACCGAUUUUCUUUGUAUCGGGUGGGAAGUGGGAACCCAAUUAACAACUUAGUCUAGGUUAGCUGAAAGAGAAGACAUUGAAAUUGAUUUGAGAGAAAAAAAAAGGUCGGGUUUAUAUUGGACAGAGCAUACAGACAUACAGUCAAUUAAGCAAAAACGAUAAUGAUUUGAAAUAAGAGAAUAUUGACUUAAGAUUCAAACAGGAAUAAACUAAUAGCGCCCUAUCCGAUGGUGCUGACUGCUGAAUGCAUCCAGGCCCGAGCAUAAAGAAGAAAAACAGCAAGGCCCAAUGCUAAGAAAGGUUGAAUAAAUAAAACCUCCAUCUAAGCGGACCUCCUCAUAACUCGCCACAACAUUAUCUCUUUUAGCCAUCCUUUUGUUCUCUUUACAUGUUUUGCCUAGAGGUGGCGGCGGGGCGGGGGGAAGGCAAGAACGGAGGAAAAGGAAGUUCCAGGUGGGGUUGAGUUUGGUUUGGGUAAGUGUAAUUGGUUUGGUUUAUUGAUUUCUUAAUAUUAUUUACUGAUGAUAUGGCGUGCUGAUUGGAAUAAACUAACGGACUUUUGGAUGGAAAUGGACUGAUUUACUUUUUUGUUAUUAGUCCAAACAUAUGUUACUGAAACGUGCAAAAUUAAAGGUUUGUCACGUUUUGUACAAAGUGAAUAGUUUUGUGACCAUAUAUGAUAGUUACCCCUGAAGGCAUUGCUGUUUAUUAUGGUCACCAAAAGUAAGAAAUGGGUUGUGAAUAAUUUCAGUCACGGUAAAUUUAUGCUCGUGAUAUGUGUCACACUUGUGCCACAAAAACAGGUUAAUUGUUAGAUUAUUGUGUUCGUCAUUAUACAUCUAACAUUAAGAUCAAGCGACCAUCCAGAGUGGUCGUCACAACGGUGUAUAUUACGUCGAUCAAGACUAGAAUAUAAAUUUUAUAUUUUGUCAGUAAACUAUUUGAGAGUUCACAAAUAACCUGAAAAUACAACAACUUUUUAAAAUAUAAUUUCAUAAUUUUGACUCAAGUCUUUGUCUAUAAAACAUGCACACUGAACUAGUUAAUUGAUGAAUUUUUUUUUAUGAAUCGGGUAUCUUUCAUUUCAUCAAAAGUGGCACUAGCAACAUCCUUGCUAGUUAGGAAAUAAAAACCCAUAGACAUUCACCUAUAUACUAUGCUAUACAAAGGAAUCAUAUACUUGCCUACCAAAAAGCCUUAUCACUUCCUCUCGUAUAACCUUGCACAACACGUCACUGUCCCGACAUUGACCUGAAUGCACCCUGCUGCACCUUUCUCGCCACACCACACUAACCAAACUUUGCCACAUAGCUCUUCAAACUUGGGACUUUACCGUUUUAGACCCAAAACCCUGCUGUAACCAAACUAGCUCAUUGUCUAGAGAAGAGGAAACCCCUGAACUCCUGCCAAAUAGCAUGCAGAUCAGUUUCCUAUACAUCACACAUUCGACAAACAAGUGAUCUGAAGUUUCCAACUGACAGUUGCAGAACACACAGCCCUGAUUAGCUUUAAAUCCCAUUUCACCAUCUUCCCUUUUGUUGUAACCACUCUGUUCAGAAUUAACCAAGUAAUGAAUCUGUUACGAGGGAUGGAACUACCCUACCAGAACAGUUUAAACCAUACUACUUGCUGCUUCUUUGGUCUCAAAGUUUCCUAGACCCUCCUUAUUGAGAAAGUCUCCAUUUUUUCUUGAUCCCAGUAGAUAUCUUGCCCUUGCUGAUGAAAAUAUGCAUAUAUCUUGUGCCUCAUUUUCAGAAUUCUUUUCCAAUUCCAUGAACCAGAACCACCCUCAUAAAGCCAUAAGUCCCGGCCUUUUAGCUUAUAAACACUGAUCCACACAACCCAUAAAGAACCAUGCUUCAAUAACAGGAGCCAGAUAUGUCGAGUAACACAAGCUACAUUCCAAGUUGCUAAGUCCCUCAACCCCAGACCCCCCUCCUUCUUAGGAUAAGUGAGAUGCUUCCACCCUAUCUUUACCACUCUAACCCACACCCCAUAAGAAGUUGCUACAAAUGCCCUCCACUUCCCUUAUCAAUGCCUUUGGAAGGAGAAAGACUGCCAUCCAAUACUGAUGCAAACUAUACAGUACUGAACUAACAAGCUCCACCCUACCAGCAUAUGAGAGGAAUCGAGACUUCCAACUACUAACUCGAGCAACAAUCUUAUCGAUUAAUGACUUACAUGCUGAAACAGAUAGCUUUGCUGGGGAUAGAGGAACCACCAAAUACCUCACAGGAAAUUUCCCCAAUGCAAAACCAUACCUAUCCGCCCUCAAUUUCUGUUCAGGACCAGGCAACCCCCCAAAGGAGAGUUCACAUUUACUGGGAUUUACUUGUAAUCCAGAUAGUUUCCUAAACCGAGCUAGGAUCUCAUUCAAACGUUGGAAACCAUAAUUUGAUCCAUUAAAGAAUACAAGCAGGUCAUCAGCAAAGCAGAGAUGUGUUAAACCAUAAUUUGGUGAAAAUUUUUAUCUACUAACUAAAGCAAUUAAUUAACAAUACGGUAGUAUCGAUAUUUAAGGUCACGAUGUUGAACAUUUUUGUUUCAAAAUAAAUUAUAAAAUAAUUAUAAUAGACAAUUCUCUGCGCAUACCCAUAUCAAUACUAGUUUACCUUGAAGUUCCCUAGAAAAUGUGUUUACACCCUAGGGCAUCCCUUACUGGUGUCUAUGAGAUAUCAUUACUUUUUCAAUAUUCAUAUCCGUCUCGAACUAAGCAUGAAUCAAGUUGGGUAUGAUACUCGUGCAGUUAUACUAUUGGUAUUCAAUAUAAAAUUUUCGGAUUUGAAUCUUUUAACUAGCACGUCAUAAGUAAAAUUAAUCAAUCUCGCCUUUAUAAAUAAAAAUAAAAGAGGAGAAAUACAAGUACAUAUUGAAGCAAAUCAAAAUAAAAAAAGACUUAGUACAUAGCAAGGUGCACUGUCAAAAAUAGUACUUAUUCGUCAUAUUCCCACGUUACUAUAUUUCGGACAAUACCCACCAAGAAUAGGUAGGGAUAGAUCUACAACUUAGAAUUGCAACACCCCUAAAUUUCUUGUUGCGUUGGUUGCUUUCAAAAUUUUCUUGACCUUUAUAAUUAAGUUGUUAAAUAACGUAGAAACCCAAAAUAUUUGAGCCCACCGCAACAAGAAUUUGAAAAGGGGUCGGGCUGAAGCUUGAUUUUCUCGUAGCGUAUGUAUGUGUGUGACAAAAUCGGGGUUUACCUACUCGUUGACAGUUAGCUGUGCAUGGUUGACAUUGGCGCCUCGAUGGAUCAUUUGGAGAAGAAAAUAUCCAACGCAACUCCUCAUAUUUGUCGUCAAGCUGUCACUGUCGUUCCUCAUUUCACUAGAAUUACCUGCUAAUUUCGUGUACAAAUCUGGUUAAGACGAAUUAAGAAGGUCUUUCCAUCAAAGAUUAAAAAAGACGAAGAAGGUCGUUUCUUUACGUUAUCAGAUCCGCGCGCGUUAUAAGCCGGUCACGUAGGUGACCCCUGCAUGUCGCAUAAUUUCUUACGAAGAUUUUAAACCCUAAUAAAACCCAGAGCGAUAAAACACACGGCAGAAUUAAACAAUUAAGCCAAAGAAACCCGAUGGUCAUGGUGCCUUUCGAGCUCAAUUCCUCUACCCAUUUUGUAGGUUCAUCGGACUCCACCACGAUCGACGUCUACGAGCUGACGACGUCAAAAGAUUCACCACCGUCGGCAGUCAAAGCCACCGACUGGAAGAUCUUAGCAGCCGUCGCGGUCACUAGCCACCACCAGCGGGAGGAUCAACACGACGCACUGAAAAUCUUCGACGAGCUGAUCACAGGUCGGAACCUGAGGAAUCUGGCGGAAGACCUCUCCCUGUUUCAUCUCUACGUCAACCCGCUCGGCAACAACUUCAUAGACGUCUCCGCCGGCGGCCGCGAAUUCAUCAAUCCAUCGUUCGGAGUCCAGUUCUUCAGAUUGAACGACACCUUCAACUGGUCCCAGUACGGCGUCUUUAAGCCCCCGCCGUUGACCAACCUAUGGCACACCCGCCACGGCUUCAGCAACGGCGACACUGUGGUAGAUUACAGGAAGCAGCUGAAGGAGAAGGAAGAGAAGUUGGUGGAACUGAAGACGCGAUUGAGAUCCACAACCGCAGAUCUGGAGUCGGAAAAGAGAGAGCUGGACAAGUAUCGCAAGUGGUGCUCCGAUUUCAGGUACAGGUACCGCGACACGAUCUCGACGUCCGAGUCGCCGGCGAAGAUCUGGCGGAGGAGGGUGAAGGUUGCGAGGUCGACUUUCGUAACACUGUCGCCGCCGGUGGUUCCGACUAGUCCCGUUUCGUGUCGAGUGCCGUCGUUAAAGGAGGAGGCGAUCGAUGCGUUUUGGCUGCUUGACGAGGACUGCGGCGGGUUUCCUCCCCCGCCGGCGGUGCAGGUGUGGACUGCGGACGGGAAGUUUGAUGCGGAGAAUUGGUGGUGUAUUAAGGCGAAUCGGAGGGUGCAAGGUGGUGGGGAGACGACGAUGCUGGUGUAUUAUGACGGCAAGUUUGAUUAUGCGGAGUUUAAUAAUCCGAUGACUUCCCGGCGGGAGAGGGUUCCGGUGCCGUAUAAGGUGAAAGAUGGGGUGUUCGGGGCUAAUCGGAAUUUUAGCAUCGGUUACUUCUCGUUUACCUGGGAGGUUAGGGUUUUGUUCACUUACCGCUGGUAAAUAAAUGCCCUUAAUUAGUUUAUGUGGGGUUAUCGUCUAAAUAUUUGUUUUUUUCUGGUAUUGUUGUACACUACUUUAGUUAUCGAUUCGUUUGUCGAAAUUUCAUAUUUAAAUAUAUAGUAAUCACAACAUUAAUUUGAAUUUUUAAAAAUUAUUUGAAAUGCUAAAUUUUAAAGAAAUUAAGAUGACAUCAUAAUUAAUUUUCGAUUUUAAAAUUAUAAAACCUUUCAUCCAUAAUUGUACAUUGCAUUUUUUUAAUGACUAUGAGAAUUAUCACUUGUGGAUUGCAAAUCAUGACCUAUCUAGUUAAUAUACAGUCAAUUAAGUUGUUUGUGGUUAAAAAGAAAAUUUACAUAAAAGAAGAAUUUGAAUGACAAAAUGUUUUAUAAACAGGAAAAAACAUAAUCACAACAUUUAACCAAUAUUUGUUUAUCUUGAGAAGAGACACAAUGCAUGUAUAUUAAUACGAGUGAGUGAAUCAUAAUAGAUGGGGAAUUUUCUAAAAUUUAUAAAACAAACAAAAAAAUUGACUACAUAAAUGAAGACUUUAGGUUAUCUAUUAUGUAAUUAGUUUGAAUAACGCAUGGAACCACAAAAUACGAUUUCAAGGAAAAUGAAAUCGGAAAUCAAUUAGAAGAGGACACCCAACAUCUGACACGACACGGAUCAGGAAGAAGAAAUUAAACACUCAUUUAUUGUAUUCUAGAUAUUUCAAAAUUAAAUCGUUUAACAUGAAAAAAAACACGGAUCACAUUUACUUCACCAUGCACUGAUAGCAGACCAAUGAUUUCAAAGAGGUCAGGGAUACAUUUGAAGACCAGCUUAUAACAUUUUGAAGACCAGCUUAUAGCAUUUUACUUCCGUUGUCCAAAUCAAGAUGUGGUUUAUUAUAAUUACAGUUAGAGCCCACAUAUUGUCAUUGUUUCUAAGUCCGCCUCCAUUGAGGAGUAGCUACCAAGAAUGUUCCCGUAUAAAUUAAAGCAUGAGAAUCUCUACCAUCUAUUAGUGUGCCUGUUAGAAUUUUGAGGAGCAAUACUUGUAAAUUGUAACUCAACAAACAGUCUAAAGUUCAUUAGACGUGACUCAACUUAUUUCCUUGAGAUCUGUUGUUCUGUAUAGUUGUUUGUAGCUCUAUAUAAACAAGAGCAUAGGAGUGUUGGAUAGCUCAUUCAAACUCCAACCUCUCUCCCUUUCCCAGACCUUGUGGAAAAAAUUUCAAAAUAUUGAUCUCCCACAGGAAAAACAGGAAGAGAUCGAGUGCCAAGAGAGAGGAGCCCUUAAAAACACUUUUCAGUUUUUCAAAAGUCGAGCUUAAAGAAAUGUUUGACCCGACUUCGGCUAUUGAAGUAUAAAAGCACUUCUAAAACUCGGGUUAAAUAUAGUCAAAGAUAAACUGGUCUUUAUCACUGCUACACAAAAACAAAUUGUGAGUUUUACUGAUAUUGUAUAACAUUUUUCUCAUGUUAUAUAAUAAUUUCGAGUCUUGCUCAUGUAAUAUAACAAUCAUGAAUUUUACUCAUAUUAUAUAACAUUUUACUCAUGUUAUAUAAUAAUUCCGAAUCUUACUCAUAUUAUAUAACAUUUUACUCAUGUAUCAUGGGUAAGCUGACUUGGAGCCGGAUCUGAAGGCGUAUUGCCUGUGCUGACCACCCCGACCAAGGACCAACAGUUUUGGAAGCACGAGUGGACCAAGCACAGAAUUUGUGGUCUGCCAAAACAGGAGUAGUAUUUUGCUAGAGGACUCGCAUUGGUCAAGCACCAAGUCAACACAUUGAAGCUCCUCACAGAAUCCGGUAUAAAGGCUGGUGAGGAACCCAAAAUAGGUGAAGUCAUGACGGGGCGCUGGCAAAGCAAGGGGUAACAUUCUCGGUGGUUUGCAUCAAGGAUAAAGGAGUCGUGGAAGCCCCCUACAUAAAGGAGGUUUUCUGGUGCAUCGCUCGGCUCAGCUUUAAUAACACUGCUAUUUAUAC